AUGGCAGAAACUCCAUUAGCCUCACUUUCCUUGACGCAUGUUCAUUAUGACCCUAAUGAUCCAGUCUCCUAUUUCUGCGCAUGGCUCGCUCUCGUACCCCAAGGACUAUGCGUCGUGUAUGCCACUCUCAUCUGGUCGACGCGCGAAAUCGAAAUACUCAUGAUGUUUGGUGGACAAAUGGCAUGUGAGGCGUUGAACUUCAUUUUGAAACGUAUACUGAAGGAAGAACGCCCGAAACAAAUGCAUGGAAAAGGCUAUGGAAUGCCAUCUUCCCACUCCCAGUUCGUGGCUUUCUUCUCAAUAAGCUUGACACUAUUUUUACUUUUUCGACAUGUCCCAAGGAAGCCAACACCUUCGCAUACACCACUGAGUAUCACCGCCCGGAUUGGCCUAUCUGGACUAGUCUUGAUCAACGCCGGACUGGUAGCUUGGAGCAGAAUCUAUUUGAACUACCACACACCAAAACAGGUAAUCGUUGGUUGUUUAGCCGGAGCAGGGAGUGCUACUUUAUGGUUCUUAUUUACAACUGUUGUGAGAAAGUCAGGAUUACUUGCAUGGAUUUUAAACCUGCCAGUGACGAGAUUAUUCCGAAUGAGAGAUUUAGUUGUGGAGGAAGAUUUAUGCCAGGCUGGUUGGGAGAAAUGGGAAGUGAAAAAUGCGCCUUCACAGCCAUCAAUCAAUGGCAAGAAAACCUGCUAA